GGGGGCACCACGUGAAGAACCAUCUGAAAAGGUGCAUUCAUUUUCUGUUAAAUCAGGAGGGGGCAUCAUAAUUCACGGAGAUACCUCCUCAUGUGACUGUAGCCGACAAACUGUGUUGCUGCUAUGGUGGUAGUGUUGAUGGAGGUGCAGCUUGUUCCUCUUGAUGUAAACUAGAGCUGCUGAGACAGAGGGAGAAACGCGCAGUCAGACUGGUCGUCUUGUGCUUCACAGAGCCAGGGCACUCUCACGGAUUUCAUCACGAUGGCUUGGAGAGGAGGGAGAACACGGUCGUUUUAUCGACCAAUCUUCAAUUUAAACUAAGGCUUGUAUCGUUUCUGACCCGAGGACUCAGAAGAAAAGAAAAGGUGAUGACCUGGAUGGUGUCAUGUGAAUGACUGAAGACCAUGAAGCCCACACACAAGCUGCUGUUCGUCCUGUGCCCCAUGCUGGUCCUGGGCUUUAUUUACUACUCCUCUGGGAAGCUACAUCUACACGUAUGGGGCCAGAAGCCUCAGAGUGAUGCAGAAGAGACAACUGUAGCCCCGACUAAAGGGGCUGAAGUGAAAAGAAUUACAGAAAUGGAAACGGACAUCGCCGUGGGACGAAUAGUAGGCUCAGUGUAUGAUAAGCAGGGUUUUCUGCUGCAGCUGGACACAAAACUGCCACCAGAGUUGGCAUACAAGUACGGCAACCUCAGCGAAGGAGUGUGCAAGCCAGGAUAUGCAGCAGCCAAGAUGACCACCAUCUAUCCUAAGUUCGUAAAACCAGCACCCAUGUUUCUUGAUCGGAACUUCAAACGUCUUGGAAAAGUCAGCAAUUACUUACCUCCAUUUGGUUUCAAAACGCAAGAGAGAAUCAUAGACACCAUUUUAACUGCCAUGAAAAAUUAUGGACUUGGAGAAGAGCUGGACAGUCUCAACUGUAAAAGAUGCAUCAUUGUGGGCAACGGGGGAAUCCUGUUCAACAAGUCUCUGGGCUCCCGGAUAGAUGAGUACGAUGUUGUAGUGAGGUUGAACGAAGCCCCAGUGAGCGGUUACAGCAAAGACGUGGGGACCAAAACCACCUUACGGAUUACCUAUCCAGAGGGAGCUAUCCAGAAGCCAGAGAACUAUGAAAAAGACUCACUUUUUGUUUUUUCCGCUUUCAAACCACUGGAUUUCAAGUGGCUCAGACAGAUGGUCUUCAAGGAGAAACUGAGGGGCAUAGAGGGCUUUUGGAAGUCGGUGGCUCACUAUGUGCCUCGGGAGCCAACAGAGAUGAGAAUCCUCAAUCCCUACUUCAUCCAGGAGGCUGCCUUCCAGUUCAUAGGCCUGCCCUUCAACAAUGGCCUCAUGGGCAAAGGGAACAUUCCAACUUUGGGAACAGUCGCUAUAACGAUGGCACUGCAUAAUUGUGACGAGGUGGCAGUGGCUGGUUUCGGCUACGACAUGAACACGCCCCACGCACCUCUGCACUAUUACGAGACUGUCAAGAUGUCCGCCAUUAAAGAGUCAUGGACACACAACAUAUCCAAGGAGAAGGAGUUCCUCCGCAAGCUGGUAAAGGCCAACAUCAUCACAGACCUGACCAACGGUAUCUGAGUUUACACCCACACCCACAGUCUCCUUCUGCCUUUCCCAAAGGACUACGAAACAGGAAACUGAGAAAUGGAUCGACUCUGGGAGAACGAACCCUUAGAACCCGGGUGGCCCUGAUCACUGUCUGGGUUUUUCAUAUCAAAGGAGAUUAUUUAAAAGAAAAUAAAAACAGACACAGGAGGGUUUCUGUGGGGAGAUGCACACAUGUGCCUUCUGAACCAAAGACUCCUGCUGAUUGAAGCAGGGAGCGGAGGGGGGGUGGACACGGGGAGGACUGGAUCUGCCCGGUUCCUGUCUCACCUAGAGACAGUCGCAGGAAAGCUCUGCCGGCUCUGCGCUUCAGCGUUUACCACUUCAACCCUCGGAGUUUCACAUGAACGAAUCGUACAGAGCAGAGGUGACACGUUGACGUUCAGACGUCAGGAUUUAGCUUGACUCACUGGCUGACUUGACGACGGGACAGGAGAGAAAGGAACGAAACGAGGACUGUAGCGGAGAGCAUGUGUGGGGAUGGGUUGAGUAUUAGCAGUGCCAAACGUACCUCGUACAGGGGAGAGGCCGUCCUCCUCCUUUUGCUGCCUGAAUGUAUUCACUUUCCUCAGUGUAAAUAUCAAAGAUUUUUACUGUGCUUUUUAACAAGCUGCAGCAGCACCCCCUCCUGACCCCAACCCCACCCUCCCCCCAUCCCCACCCGCCAUGUGUCCAUUCAUUCAUUCACGUUUUUACUGCCUGUCCAGGGUCCAAAAUUAACACUUGCUGAGCCAGAUGACGGUAGAUAAAUCAGCGAGGGUCACCUGCCACACAGACUGGUGUCACUUUGAGACACUCACAGUCGAGUGCUUUAGUAAAAUACAGACUUCAGUUCUUGCAGUUUUCUCUGUAAAGUCUUUGUAUCUAUAAAGCGGCUCUUUCUGCUUGUUAAGCCGGCUCUACACAGAGCGGCUGUGUGUGUUAUCCCCAUGUGGCGGCUUACAUCAGGUCAUUAAAAAAGAUAAAAUAAGCUCUCUAAGAUUCUCUACACUAAACAGCAGUGAAGCACUUGUCAGGAAAAAUAUAUGUUAAUUAUUUUGGUCCGUCUAAAAUUACUUUCUCAGCUCUGGCAGGUGAGCCCAAAAGUCACAUCUGGACACUGCAUCUCUCUUCCACCUCUUUGUCUCUUUGUAAAUCCCUCUUCCUCUCGGCUCCUUCACGUCACGGUACUGUCUUCAUCAUCUUCAUCAGACAUACAGUAACGUGUCCUGCCCUGGUCAAAGAGAGCAGACUCUGUAUGUCCCUCCUCCAACCUCCCGUUGCUGCAGAGUUUCUUGUUCUUCAGUAAAUGGUGGAAUCUCGGAUUGUAGAAUAUAAAUAUAUAUAUUUUUGUUUUUAGGUUAAUUUUAAUUAUUUAUUUUUUCUUGUUGCUGAGUCCCGACGUUUUGGUCACAGGCAGGCCUGCUUUCUGAGUUUGUGUUUUAAUUUUUUUUUUAUUUUUUUUUUUCCUCGAUUUCACCGCCAUGUGCUUCCUCAGAGACUGCAUUAUCUUUCAAGUUUGUGGCAGAAGCAGUGUUGUGUUUAAGCCAAAUAAAAACCAGACUCAUCAGUGGAUUCAGUAAUAAAAUGUUGUUAGACAGCAUCCCUUUAUUUCUGUGCUUUACGCAGCUCGUGUUAACAGUGGACAUAUAAUCCCAAAUUCCUUUAAAUUGAGAGGAUCUAUGAGGUAAUAACUGCUCAAUCUCAAAUUAACGUGCUGAUCAGGCCUUUGCACUUUGCAGAUGAAGGUUCUGCCACACACUUCUCAGUAUUCUCGUAUUUCAACACUGCAUGAACAUAGAGAGUGUUCAGUAUUACACAAUCAAACCUUUCCCUUCUUCUUCUGCUCCCCGUUCAACAAAACAAUGUGAGAAUGUCAAAAUCUGUUUUCCUUUUUGUCAUUUUAUCAAAUGAAUGCGAUAAUCAUCUUUAUAUAGUGAUGGUGCGUUUAAAUACUGCUUCACCAAAGCAGGGUUUUGUUUCACAGAUAAAUGUCAAACAGCAAUUCAAUGAGAUUUUCAUCUGUUUUCUGUUUCUACUUCUUUUAGAAGUGCAUAUAUUCCUGUACAUUGUACACAUGCAGCUUCACCUCCAUUAGUCGAGCUCAGGACGCUGCUGCUGUUGCAUCUGUUACAUCGCUCCAUCGCUUGUUCCUGAUUAGUUCUUACAAACACCAUUGGGAUCGUGCAGCAGCAGCGUGUCCUACCCAGUCCCUUCAGAACGGCUCCACCGGGUUUGAAAGAAAAGAUCACUUAUUUGGAAACUAGGCCCCGUUUGGGAGUUUUCGUGAGAGCGAAGGUACAGCUGACCAUUGCACUAUAAUGAGGCGCUCUCAGUGCCUUACACCUCAUCACCUGGAAACUGUAGUGAGGAGUUUGACGCGGGAAAGUAACCGCAGCUGAUCCAGUGUGUACGCACAGCUCCAGGUCAGGACAGGUCACAUCUCAUUUCUGUGAUUUGGGACCAGUCCAUUUCAUAUCUGUGCUGUAUAUAUCCAUUAUAUACAGCUGGGGAAGACCUGAAGCCCCAUACUGGUUGUUUUGUGUGUUUUAGCCCAAAACUUUAAAUGCUGGCUGCUGAACGGCAGCUGUUACAGUGCGAGAAAUAAUCAAAUUCACUUCUUGAUACGUCCUGCUAUAUUGCUCAUCAAUACUAUGGUUUUCGGCAGCUUAUUAUUUCAGGGGCACUCUCCACCAAUUUGACACAUGAAGUUCAGUUUACCCAUCAGGAGCACUGGUUGUAUGUAAAGAUGGACGAUAUGAUAGCUCCCCAAAAAUGAAGCCAUAACAUCUCAGGUACAGCACAGGUUGUAAACCCCACCCAAUGAGCCAAUCGAAGUACGUUUUAAAUAAAUUUUCCUAAAGAUGGUUUCA